ACGGAAGCGAAAGCAACAUGAAGCAGGUCCGAUAGUAUCAUUGUAACUUAUUCACAUCAACAAAUAAACAAAGUUUACAAACAUAUUUUAGUAGAUGAUAAGUUUAAAUAAGGUAACUGUAUCUCAAUAAUCGGCCGACUCUAACAGCGAGGACGGGUUUAUGGGAAUUCCCGUUUUGUUGUGGUGAGUUUUACUCUGAGCCUCAAAGCACUAGUCUGGCUUUCAUAAUUAAGUUCUGAUUUGGGCAGGUAGCCUAAAGCAUGAGCGGCCAGGAGGUGUCGCUGUUGCUGCUGGAGUGUCUGCGGCGCGCUGUCAGCGGACCGAAGGGAGACACGCAGACGCUCCGCCGCGGGUCGUUUCCGGAUGAUCUAAACACGCUCCUCCAGGAGGCCGCUGACGGAAAGUGGCCGUUCGUUGAGGAGAAAUGGCAGUACAAACAAUCCGUGACGUCUGAGGACAAAAUGAACUCUUCGGAUCUCAUCAGAAAACAUCUGCCGCAGUUACUGGUGUUUCUCAGAGACAGCAUCGCCGCCGAUGAGCCGGAGUGGGCGGUCGCAGUGGUUUUCCUGGUCGACCGUCUUCUGUACUGGAUGGACGGCUCUCAUGUGCUGUUGAAGAUUGCUAAAGCGUUGCACAAACGUUAUCCGGACGUUCCCAUCGCCCCUCAGGUCAUCAUCAGACAGGCUCGAGUCUAUCUGAACACCGGUAAACUGCAGAAAGCAGAGUUCAUUCUCAGCAGUCUGAUCAAUAAUAAUGCUUCAACAGGCUCGUGGACGUAUCAGAAGGCCAGCGAUCAGACGCUAGUGCAAGCCGUCAGUCUUCAGGUGCGAGGACAAGUGCUGCAGACGCUCGGUCUGUGGCUUGAGGCUGCUGAACUCAUAUGGGCGUCUCUGAUUGGCUUUUACGCUCUUCCACAACCUGAUAAAAAGGGUAUUGGAACGUCUCUCGGGCUCCUGGCAAACAUACUGACCUCCAUGAAUGACCGAGACUUCGCUGCGCUUCAGAAAAAGCUUCAUAUUGACUUGAGUUUUCUAGGAGAGAGUCGCCAUCGUCUGCUGUCCGCGGCGCGAGCGGCCAAAAUGGCGGUUGUGUUCAGUCAGUAUGGAUCUCUGUACGUUCUGACCAAUGUGGUCGCCCAGGGCAUUUGUUUACUGUCUUACAGUUUCUCAAAAAAAUGCCCUGUGGAGGAUCAGCAGAUGUACCUCGUUUUGGCUAAGGAGGCCUUUGAGAUCGGCUUGCUAACAAAGACGACAGGAGACGUCGUCACCAGCAAGCUGGAGUUGCACACGUUCCUCAAAGCCGCUUACUGCUUAGCCACGACUCACAGAUGGAUGACCGGCCCGUCCGAGAUGGUCAUCUCAGCGAUGAGCGCCUGUCGGGAAGCCAUGACUUUAUUUGUCGACUACUGCACUAGAGCUGACUCCACUUUGUGUACUGAGAUCAUGGCGAAGAUACAGCAGAUUAAGUUGCUGUUGAAGGUAGAAACGUUUCGUAAUUCUGAUCCGCGCUCUUUUAUUCCCGACAGCUACCAUUCGAUGCAGUUCGGGCCUGUUUUGUUCACGCUCAGCGAUUUUGCGAAGGCAUUGGACGUUUUCGGAAAGCACCACAAGUCUGUUUGUGAGGCAUUCGAGAAUUGCGUUCAAGGAGGUUCGUGCUCGACUCAUGCGCAAUGUAUAACGGCUUUUCAGACGGACACAGAAGUCCUCGCAACGGAGAUGCAGAAAGCGCCGGAUCAUGGAGCAGAUCAUUCAAGUCUGUUUUCCUCCAAGCAGAAUCCAUCUAGCAAUGGAUCAUCAUUGAUUUUGGUUGAUCAAAGCUGUCAUACUGUCGAUGAACAAAGCAGCACUGGAUCUUAUGAGGUGGUUGAUGACUUUAGCAAUGGGAGUCAAGAAGCAAACCCGAGCAAUCAAAGUAGCGUCAGUCCAUCCGUUCCCAACACCUUUAGAAACAAUAAAGAAAACCAAUGUCAAUCCCAAGCGAUGCAAGAGCUCGCCACAACUGAAGAUGUUGAGGACAACCCAUCAGAAAUGCCAAGUAUCCAAUGGAGAGACGAUCAGAAGAACCUGGCCCCAAGAACGUCUUCCAGUUCCUUCAGCAGUGGAUCUUCAUGGGAACGUGUAUCAGGACAGUCUCAGAGUGACAUACAAACCGAGGAGGAUGUUAUAGAUCCCUCUCAUGAUAGCAACGAAAUCAAUAACGAUGCAAAGGUUGGCCGCACCAAAGGUGGAAGCACUUCCUCGUUUUCCCUCUGCGAUAGCUCCGCAUCACAUUCUUCAUGGCAAAAACUCUCCAUAAGCCCCAUCGCUAAUGUAGAACGACUUGAGUUAAUACACAAGAAAGAAAGGACGGAUCAGCAUCUUCAGUUCCCAGACAAGAUUCAAGAAUGCCAAGGAACCACUCUACCGUCCACCGAGAGUGACCCAUUUGAGGAACUGGGGUUUGAGCAUCUAUCAACACCCGAUAAGCAUCAACCCGCCAAACCCUCGUCUACAGGAGACAACGCGCCAGUGUGCAAGGACUGCUUCGAGAACUGCAUCAUGGGAAGUGAGGUUCUGACUGAGCGUGACUACAGAUCUCUUUUGGCUGGAGUUUGUCAACGCUGCCUUGUUGAGCGACUGCCGAACAAACCGCUGAAGCCUCUGGAUCUCAGACAACUGGAGAAGGCCUACGAUGGCAUCGUCCUGAAGUACUCAAAGGCCUCAGAUGUCUGGAUAGGCUCUGAAACCAGCGUUUACAUUGGGAAUCAGAUGGGUGUCCAAGGCAAACAGAGACAAGCCAUCGAGGUGCAGUACCUGCACCAGGAACAACUGCUUAACAGCUAUGUAGGAAAGGAAUACCUGAAAGUUAAAGGGCUUCAUUCGCACCUUGAUGACGUGGAGAGACAGAUGACUGCACAAUACUACGUUACAGAGUUUAAUAAAUGCCUGUAUGAUAAUAACGUCACAACCCAGAUCUUCUUCAUCCCGUCUGAAGUGCUGCUGGUUCUGGAGAAGGAUCGCAUUGUAACCUGCUUGUCUGCAGAGCCGUACAUGUCUGGGACAUUUGUAAAACUCACAAACAACGCAAGAGGUACUGAAAAGAAACAUGACGCGACUAAAUACGGCAUCGCCUUUGGUCAUUUCGCCUACGAGUUCUCCAAUCAUCAGGAAGUCGUGGUGGAUCUGCAAGGAUGGAUAACGGCCAACGGGAAGGGCUUGACCUACCUGACCGACCCUCAGAUUCACUCGCUCUUGAAGUCGAGAUCUAGCAACUUUCAACAAAACGGAAUCAACGACUUCAUCAGACAUCAGCAUGGAGACGAGUGUAACGAGAUCUGUCGAGCUGCCGGACUCAAACUAAUCAGAUAAUAUAUACAUGUAACAAUAUAAUGUGGCUUUUUACAGUCAUCUUGAUGUCAAAAACUGGCCUAGAAUUUACCCUAAUAUAACAUGUGUUACUAUAAAAUCUUGAAUGUUUUAUUUAUAGAAAUUUAUAGGUCGUAAAACAGCAAUGUUCAUAUGAGAAAUGAGGAACUGACUAUUAUCAAUAACACAUUAUCUAACCACAAGAACCUUUGGACUGAGUAAAUCCAGUUCCACAUUGUGAAAUAUCUGGGUCACAUUCUGACUGAGUCUUAUGAUAGUGUCAUCAUUAAUGCGGGGGCCGCAUCAUGUGACUGAAACCAGUUCAACUCCAUUCCAGAGUUUCAAAACAAACACUCAACCUCAUUCACGCUGUGUACUUCUCUUAUUUUCACCCGACUGGCCGUGCAAAGCACUCUCGCUGUUUUAUGAAGAACAUGCACAGUACAUAUGCCAUAGAAUCACACUAAACAAUGAAUCAGUUUAGAGGAUGAUUGAUUGUAAACAACAUAAAAGUAAACAGCAAUAUUUCUGACAGUCAUGGAAAUAUCAGAGAACUUAAAAAUUGUGAUUACUGUUGUCAAGUCAAGUGAAAAUUAUAAAAUACAUAGUCAUACUGUAAUGUCUAUAAACUCUGUCUAUAAUGUCUGUAGUGCUUAUAUAUGAUAUGAUAGGAUCUUGGGAGCUUCUAUAUGAUAUUCUAUAUGGAUUGUAUUUAUCUUUUUAUCUAGUAGAUGAAUCAGUACUUUUAGUGAGCAGGAGUAAUAUAUAUGUGACCCUGCAGCACAAAAGCAGUCUUAAGUCGCUGGGGUAUAUUUGUAGCA